UGGCGUAAGCAUGUCGCCGUCGCGACAUCGUUAAGUUUUUCAUUCUUAUUUAGUUAUUUAGUUUAUUGUUACGCCUUCGAAUGUCUAAAGAUAAUUCCAAAAGAAUCUCAAAAAUGGUGAGCAAGUCGUUCGUAUGGGGAAUCGUCGUGGCCUCUUUGACUUGGUCGAUCAGUUUGUAUCUUUACUGGAGUCUGAAUAGUGGAACCAGCUCUGCAGCUUCCGUAUUUGAAACAUCCACAGGAACAAGCGUUGGUCAUUUGAACGACGAUAAGCAGAUGCCUGUGGUAGGUCCAGUAGAACAAAAACGCAAAGCAAAGCCAAUUCAAUGGCAGAGCGCCAAUCGAAAUCAAUUGGGUCCUUUGGUGCAAGACGUGAAAAAGUCACAUGAAAAAAGUAACAGCUUUUUCAAAGAUAAGUUAGAUCGCUUUAAGAAAGAGCAAACAUACCGGAAGGUCAGCCAUAAACUGAUUGAGGAACUGCAACCUAUUUUUCCGAAUGGAACCGAUGAAUUCGGAAUGGUACGAAAUUCGGAAGAACAAUUUAUCCGGGAUGUCGGUUAUAGAAGGCAUGCAUUUAAUGUUCUGGUAAGCAAUAAAAUUGGACCGUUUCGACCGGUUCCUGACACGAGACAUCGUUUAUGCCAUGAACAGAACUAUGACAAGGUGCUUCCGUCAGCAUCGAUAAUAAUGUGCUUCUACAAUGAACACCUGGAGACACUGGUUCGAUCGGUUACUUCAGUGCUGCGACGGACACCGUCUUAUCUGCUGCACGAGAUCAUUUUAGUUGACGAUUGUAGUGAUUUUGACGAGCUCACAAUGGAACUUCCGAAGCAGCUAAAAGGUCUCAAAAGUUCUAAAAUAAGACUGAUUCAGAACCCGGAAAGGGAAGGUCUAAUGCGAUCUCGCGUGUAUGGCUCUCGAAACGCUACCGGUGACGUAUUGAUUUUUCUAGAUAGCCAUAUCGAAGUGAAUGAAGAUUGGAUAGAACCAUUGCUGCAGCGGAUAAAAAUUAAUUCAACAAUACUCGCAAUGCCGGUAAUAGAUAUUAUCAAUUCGGACACCUUCGAAUAUACAGCCAGUCCACUGGUCAGAGGCGGUUUUAAUUGGGGAUUACAUUUUAAGUGGGACAACCUUCCAAAAGGAAUGUUGGCAAAGGAGAGUGAUUUCGUUGGACCGUUUCAAUCUCCAACUAUGGCCGGUGGACUAUUUGCAAUAGAUAGGAAAUAUUUCAAGAGUUUGGGUGAAUAUGACAUGGGAAUGGAUAUUUGGGGAGGAGAGAACUUAGAAAUAUCAUUCCGAGCUUGGCAAUGCGGUGGAUCUAUUGAGUUGCUUCCUUGCUCAAGGAUUGGACACGUGUUCCGCAAGAGACGUCCAUAUGGAUCCCCUGAUGGAACCGAUACCAUGAUUCGAAAUUCUCUUCGAUUGGCGCUCGUUUGGAUGGAUGAUUAUAUAAAGUACUUUUAUAAAAAUCAACCGCAAGCAAAACGCGUUGACGCUGGUGACAUUUCCGAAAGACAAGAAUUAAGAAAACAUUUGCAGUGCAAGCCGUUCGAGUGGUACCUGAAAAAUAUUUACCCUCAGUUGAGGCUUCCGGGCGAGAAAACAACCGACAGCAAUGUGUCGCAGCCAAAGUUUCAACCAUGGCAUUCAAGGAAACGAAACUACGUCAGUAGCUUCCAGAUACGGCUUGCAAAUUCCAGUCUCUGUAUAACAACCGAAAGCGCCAAAGAAAAAAGCCUAUGGAAGAAGGGUUCAAAGCUAGUACUGCAAUCCUGCUUGAGGGUUAAGACUCAGAUGUGGUACGAAACCGAGAAAGCCGAACUGGUUCUUGGUCAGCUGCUUUGCCUAGAGGCCCCUUCGAGCGCUACUAAGGGUACGCCGAUUUUGAAUAAAUGUCAUGAAAUGGGCGGCGAUCAGGCCUGGAAACAUCGCAAAACGAAAGGAACUCCUAUCUAUAAUGUAGCUUCAGGCAGUUGUCUUGCAGUAAAGGACAUUCACAAAGGGACUCUGGUCUCUUUAGAUUUGUGCGUGAAUACUCCACGAAGUACGUGGGAUCUAGUGGUAUCCUAGAAAAUAAUUCCAUUUUCUUCCAAGUGAAACGAUGCUCGAAUAGUUAUAAUAAAACUCGUUUAUU